CAUUGUAACAAAAACUAAAAAUAGAAGCUGGGAAAAACAAAUUAUUGACUUUUGGUAAACCAUAAUUGUUAUUUGCGCAGUGUAAACCGGAACGAACAGAUAUGGAGAAUUACAGCAUUUUGUUUAUGCUCAUGGCAAUACUUAAUGAAAACCGCAGCUUUAUAGAGGCGCUGUCAUUUUAUAUUUUAAGUGUCAUGUGGUUUAACACGUCGAAAAAAGCAGUUCAUCCGAAAUUAAGGUUAAAUGUGUUUCAAGGCAGUAAAGGCUCUCAGUUUAUAAUAGUGCUAUCGCGAAAUUUCCAAAAGGACAAAGAUAUAUAUCAGAAGAAAUUCCAAUCCGGCGAAAGACUAUUUUACAUUUUUCCAGUUUUAAGCGUCUUUGAUGGAAAUAAUUAUUCGGAUAUGCGUUUUGAACUGUCAAGAUUGUUAACAUAUGAAAAAGUGAACGGACAUGAAUUAUCGUUCAUGAAACUAUCAAAACAAGGACUAUAUUUCUCCACAAGCACUGCCAGCUUGGUCUGCUUUCACUGCCAUAAGAAAUCUUCUUCGUCGGCGAAUGAAUAUGGAGCAAACCUGCACACAGAAACUUGUGAGUUUUUUCAUGGAGGAGCCACUGCGAAUGUGACAGCUGAGGCAGAUGAAUCCGGUUACAUCUUCCACACUCAGCUUAUGUUAAGCAUAAUCAACAGCCAACCAAUGGCACAAAAUGGCGAGGACCUCGGGCAUUUGCGUAUGAACGAAGAAAUCCAAAAUGACCAUCAGACGAAUACAUUCCAUGGUGUUCCUAUGCGACAAGCACGUCAUGGGCGGUUCAGAAUACCUUCUACUAGAAGAACUUCGUUUGACCAUCCAAACUGGCCCACUUUUCACGAGGAGAAUGCUCAACAACUUGCUGACUCUGGUUUCUUCUUCAACGGGACAGAUAAAGUCCACUGUUUCUUUUGUGGUGUGGAGUGUAUUUGGAGAACAAUAGGCAAGAAUCCAGCUAAAUGCCACCUUCAGGAGUCACCUUCAUGCAUGUACAUUAGGCACAAGCUUGGAGUGCCCUUCAAGGACAGCUGUUAUGAGGAGGACACAUUCCAUGACAUAUCUCAGGGACCAUUGUCGAUUGAACAUGGAUCUCAAACAAAAAGAUCUCGGCGUUCAUCUCUUCAAAUACCAAGACCUAAUCAUCAAAAGUACAUCAACCGAAAUAACAGGAUGGAAUCCUUCGAUGAAUGGCCUACUUCAGAUGUAGUAGAACCUGAUAAACUAGCUGAUGCUGGAUUCUUCUAUUCAGGUACGGGAGACAGUGUUCAGUGUUUUCAAUGCGGAGGUAGCCUGGAAAACUGGACAUCCGACGAUGAUCCAUGGGUUAAGCAUGCUCGCUGUUAUCCCACAUGUGACUUUGUCCGCAAUCAGAAGGGAGACAACUACAUCAAGUUGGUUAAGAACACAAUGUCACACGAUGGUCGACGACGGAGUGACGGUUCUAAGGCCAGUGAUAAUCAGGGUGUGAAGAAAGGAUGUCGCGAUGGUACCAAUCAUGGAAAAGACCUACGCAGACAAUCACUCAAGCGCCGCUCAUUUGCCGGUGAUGAAGACCAAGACUAUAUGGCGGCGUCGGAGACCAAAUUAAUGAGAAAGGAUACCUGCGUGGUAUGUUAUGACAAAGAGCACACCAUUGUCUUUCUGCCUUGUGGACAUUUGGUCACGUGUGUUGACUGUGCUUAUGCGCAAGAAAAAUGUGCAGUGUGUAGAAAAGCCGUAACAGCCAGGUUGGAACAAAUAUUUCAAGAAUACGUACGUAUAUAUUUAUAUGUAACUGUAUCUAUCCCAGUCGACAUAUACAGGAUUAUAUUAAUAGGAAUGAAUUGUCUUACACCAAGUAUAGCUUUGAGAAAAAUCGAAUGUAUGUACACAUGCUAACCAGUAUAAUAUAUGUAAAGUUGUAAUCGUCAGAAAUGUUUCUGUAAGAAAGCCUUAUGUUAUGAAUGCACUUUUUAUCACCAGUUUUACUGCUUGUAACUACUAACUUAUUUGGAGUCUUUCAUUGGCACUACUUCUUAUGUGAACUGAUUGUUCUUUUUCAUAGCUUUACACAACUAUCAAUAUGCAGCUGAAAACCAUCGUCGGAUAACCACGAAUAACCUCUCCCGGGUCGAUUGUGGGUAAACGACAAUGCUUUUUAAAAGCGAAUCGCUGUAAAAAUAUCUAUAAAAAAUCAAUCCGUUUUCAUCAAUCCGUUUUCAUACUCAUAUUUAUUUUCUGUUAAGUAUAGAUAUUUUGUUAUAAUCGUUAUUGGUAUUAUUGUAAGUAGUAUGUGUUUUAUAAUAGUAUGUAUAUCCCGGUGCUUCAAUUUAAUUAUUGACGAAAUUGUGAAUAUGGAAACCUGAUUGUUAAUGAAAAAAUAUGGUUUAAUUUUAACAUUAAUUCUAUAUUUUAAACUUCGGCUCCCUUUUUGCGAUAUAUUGAUAUUUUUUACUUUAUCAACUUUUAAUUAAAGAGAGAAACUAUUGAUUGUUUAAAGACAUGCUUGGCUGUAAUGACAUAUCAACAUAAUACCUGCACAUAAAUCAUAUCAGGACAUUUUAAGUUUUAUAUGAAAUUGGGACGGAAUAUCUUGUUCGCAAUAAUACUUACCUUGUAUCAUACUGGAGAGUAUUUUUAUUGUUUUUGUUUAUCACCAAUCAGUCCGACCCAAACUAAAUUGUCUCUCCAGUUGCCAAAAUUUUAUGAAAGUCACUUUGUCCACCUUUACUUGAGCAUUUCUUAUUCAAUCUUUAUCAAACAUUUGGUUAUUAAAUAAACAUAACCUAUUAACAAAGUUCAAUCGCGAAUUAUUCGCUCUAGUUACAUCUGUCUUAUUUUUAUCUUUUUUUUCUAGCGCAAAACAGCGUUCUAAGCAGGAGUUAUAUCAUUUAAUCGCAGAUUUUUUGUUAAAUAUGCUCAUUUUAUACAUAUUGCUAGGUAAGCUUGACAGUAUGGUACCAAACAAUUAUUACUCCGUGAAAGUAUACGUACCGCCCUGUGUGUAUAAUUUCAUUAACUCAGGCAUUGGAUGCGAUAACUUUACAAUACCAUGUCAACACUCAACAACUCAAACUGUCCUAUGAACUAAUGUGGUUAUCACUCGGCUCAAUUCAACAUCUUUCAAUCAGAUGCUCUCUAAACCCUGCAUAUCAUUUGAUACAUAUUUUUUAACGCUUCAGUUCAUUUUUGGAUAACAUUCUUGAAUCAAGUCUCUCUCAAAUUAGCACAAAUAUUAAUAUCUACAAUAAUAUAUAUUAAGAAUAUAACCUUCAUUUUCAGCCAAUGAAAUUGCAGAUAGGCAACACUUAAGCACUAGGCUUAAUCACUAAGAUUUUCAACUUAAACGAGUUUUUAAAGGUCCGUCUACUGCCACUCAUUCGAUACAAACUUUCUGUCUCAGGUUUUGUGUUAACAAUGUGUCAGUCAAUGGGGUUGUAUUCUAAGUCAGUUUGAUGGCCUACGUUCACUCCACCCAUUCUUAAUCAUUAAGACUUUACUUCAUGCCAUCUAACUAUUUUUUAUAUCUCUAUAUUUAUCUUUUAAACGUUUUUCGUCACUUUUAUUUUAGUGUUGAUAAUAAGAAACUCAAUAUACAUACUCUGUCACAAUUUUAAAGUGCAAUUGUAAUUAUGUGUAGUGGUCUUGAGAAGAAGAGUCAAGUUUGUCCUAAUGCUGUCAGAUAAUGUGUUUUUCUUGUUGCAUUCGAUGAAUGAUAACUGCACAGUCGAACCCAGAGGGCUCGAACUCUUGGGACCGGCGAAAAUACCUCGAACCUCGAAAAAAUCGAACCAAGCGGGAAAUCUUGCGUUCAGUGUUAAGAGAUCGGUCAUUAACAUUCAAUUCUAGCCACCGAGGAAAUCGAGCCAAGCGAGUUCGAGACAACGGGGUUCGACUGUAUAUAACUGCAUUGACAUUUUAGCUUAUUAUACCCCCGACAAACGAAGUUUGAAGGGGGAAUAUUGGAGUCACCCUGUGGUCGGUCGGUCGGUCGGUCAGUCGGUCGGUUUGUCGGUCGAUCCGUUGCAAUUUACCUUGUCCGGAACAUAACUUAAAAACUACUGGAUGGAAUUGGAUUAAACUUCAUACAAUGAUAGAGCAUAAUAAGAGGAGGUGCAGUGUACAAUUAUCAUAACUCUAUUCUUGCUUAUUACUGGGUUAUUGCCCUUUGUUACUUUUGUUUGUACGGAGUAUAACUUGAAAAGUACUGGAUGGAAUUCAUUGGAAUUUCAUACAAUGGUAAAGCAUAAUGAGGGGAAGUGCAGUGUUUAAAAACCAUAACACUACUCUAGCUAAUAACUGAGUUAUUGCCCUUUAUUUGUUUGUUUUUUUGCUGUCAAUUUUUUUCCAGACAUUAAGUUGCAAACUACUUGAUGGAAUUUAUUAAAACUUAAUACAAUGGUAAAGCAUAAUGAGAGGAAGUGCAGUGCAUAAGAACCAUAACUCUAUUUCAGCUAAUUACAGAGUUACUGCCCUUUGUUACCUUUUUCUUGUCCGGAGCAUUACUUGAAAACUAUUGGAUGGAAUUUAAUAAAACUUCAUACAGUGAUAGAUCAUAAUGAGAGGAAGUGCAGUGUAUAGGAACCGCAAUUCUAUUUCAGCUAAUUACAGAGUUACUGCCCUUUGUUACUUUUUCUUGUCCAGUGCAUAACUUGAAAACUAUUGGAUGGAAUUUAAUAAAAAUUCAUACAGUGAUAGAUCAUAAUGGUAGGAAGUGCAGUGCACAGAAACUGCAAUUCUGUUUCAGCCAAUCACAGAGUUAUUGCCCUUUGUUACUUUUUUCUUGUCCGGAGCAUAACUUGAAAACUACCAGAUAGAAUGUAAUAAAGCUUUAUACAAUGGUACAGCACAAUGAGAAGGAGUUCAGUGUACAUGCAUCAUUACACUAUUUUAGCAAAUUACAGAAUUAUUGCAGUUUUCUGUGUUUGUUUGUUUGUCCGUACAGUAACUUGAAAACUACUAAAUGGAAUUUCAUAAAACUUCAUACAAUGAUAAAUCAUAAUGUCAGAGACGGCGUUCGGGGGGUAUUAAUCACCUUCAGUGACAGCUCUAGUUUUUGUAUGACUAGUGUGCAUUGUCCUUAUUAUAACCACACGAAUUUACCUUGUAUUUGUAUAUCAAUUAUAUGCAUUUUUACUUAAUUGAUAUUCAUAAUAACCAGUGGUAUGCAUGUAAGGCAAUACCUUAGUUAGAGUAUGCUGAAUGUUUUAAUUCUAAAAGAAGCUACCUAAACAGUUAUAAUAUUUUUUCUUAAGCGUUUUACAUAUUGUGAUAUUUUCCAAUGCUUCCGUUUACAGAUUUUAAAGUUUUAAAUCACUAAUCUAUCUAAACCACAACUGGCUUAUAAGCUAAUCCAUCCAUCAUUAACAUGCACAGAGAUGUUGGCGCUUUUAUGAUAUUAACUUCGAUAUUAUUUCUAUGUUUAAUUGAUACUGAUUAACCAUUAUGAUAUUUUUGCAUGGAUUGCAUUUUGGAAUAUUAUCAUAAUGACCCACUGGCACCGGAUUUUCAAACUCAAAUUAUUUUUUUUAAAAAUCAAAAAGAAAUCUAAUACUUACAAACUAAAGAUAAUAAUGCCAAAAACCUGAAAAAUAUUGUGUGUUUUUGAUAAAUAUACACUUUUCACUGUCUUAAGAGUAUAUAAACAGUACAACAUAACACCACAUCAUGUAUAUAUAAAAAAAAGCUUUCAGUAAAAAAAUAAUAUUCAAAUUAGAUAUUCAAACAUAAUAUUAAGUAAGAUCAAAAAUGAAACUUUACCAGUUGAAUCUGUUUGUAUUAAUGAUGGAUGUAAUACCUUAAGUCAUUUGGUAAAACUGAUUGGACAAAUAAGUGGGGGAAACUAUUCAAAGAUAUGUUAAAGUGCGUUGUUGUGUUUACAGUUUAAGUCAACGUUGUUAAUUGAAGUGGAAUGAACUUUCAUUAUUGUCAAUUGAAAUCCAAGUAUGUGCAAUUAUGUUAAUUAUAUGGCAAUUGUUGCUUAUCAUUUUCAAUGCUUUGUUUCAGCCCUUUUUUUCAGGUUUUGGGGAAAGGUGGCGGGUCCUUCUCAGAGGGGAAAAUUAACAAAAUUGGGGAAAAUUGACAUUGACAUUUGUUUAUAAAAAAAGAAAGGCGAACACAAUAAACUUGUUUCACAACUUUAA